AUGGAGGAACCAAGGCAGCAGCCGUACUCGCCAUCAGAAAUGCCACCGGCUAAACCAGUGUCAAGGGCCACCAUCAAGACCUUCUUGGGGGUGAUCACUAUCUUCGUUAUUGCUCAAAUGGUGGUCACUAUCCUCUAUAUUUUGCACCUUCACCUCAAGGUAGACAAGAUGAGCAAUGAGCUGAUAUUACAUGAAGAUUUGGUGUUCCUGAAACGAGUGCAGAGCUGUCGGAAACCGCAGGGGCAGGAUAUCUCCUUUCUAGAUUGCGCGAAGAUUUCAGAAAGCUUCCGAGAACUGAUGGAUGCUUCUUCUUCCCAAAAGGUUCCAGAUCAAAUUGUGCCAGCUAUGCAAACAGGUAAUCCAAAGCGAGGUGCAAGCGUUCACCUGGCGGGAAAGAGCAGCCAGAGCAAAGUUCUACACUGGAAGAAUACAACCUAUGCCCCAAAGGACGACGUGUUCUCCAACCGGGAUGGAAAAAUCACAAUUAGCAAAGGCGGACGGUAUUACAUUUAUGCCCAGGUCACCUUUUGCAGCAAGCCAGAGUUGCAUGCCCCACUCAUAUUCAAGGUCCAAGUCUAUCUUGACCUGCCGUUGGAGACACAUCAACUGCUAAUGAAGGGUGUUGGGACUUACAACACUGCAGUGGACCUGUGUGAUUUGCAGUCCAUCCACCUGAGCAGGGCUGUGGAGCUCCAGUCUGGCCACACCCUCUUUGUCAAUGUAACAGACAUCUCCAGAGUAGAUUUCAACUAUGGGUACACCUACUUUGGCCUUAUUCAGCUCUCCUAGAAAAAGAUCCUUCAUUCUGUGUCCCGCCAUCCCUUCUCCUGUCCUCCAACCGUAUUUAUGAACUCUCUGGUUCUAUUUCUUUUAUAGACGUAUUUUAUUUAAUUUA